UCCCUUUUUUUCCUCUCUUCUCUGCCAUCUCCCCAAGAGAGAAGAUGUGACAUGUCCCAUCACCCCACCUUCCGGAAAAUCUACUGUGACGCUGUUCCUUACCUCUUCAAGAAGGUCCGAGCUGUCUACACAGAAGGUGGCUGGUUUGAGGAAGGAAUGAAACUAGAAGCCAUUGACCCUCUGAAUCUGGGCAACAUUUGUGUAGCAACCAUCUGCAAGGUACUCUUGGAUGGUUACCUGAUGAUCUGUGUGGAUGGGGGGCCCUCCACAGAUGGCUCAGACUGGUUCUGCUACCAUGCCUCCUCUCAUGCCAUUUUUCCCGCCACCUUCUGCCAAAAGAAUGACAUUGAGCUCACACCCCCAAAAGGUAAGACUUUUCAGGGUGAGGCCACAGGGCCAGAUCCCUCAUGUGUGACACCUUAGUGUGAGAGAGA